AUGAUAACAACGGAGAGCACGUUGAGACAGACUCAUAUUCCACCUACACCCACGAUGAUAUUCACAGAUGAAAAUGGUCAGCCAUUGAACAGGGCUUCUCUGGGUCAAAAGAUCAGAAUUGGAAUAUUUCUGCCUAACCAAAAUAAUUAUGACAUGAAAGUUAAAUCUUGCGUUGCGAGAGCGCGUGAAAGUACGUGGCAAUUCGAAUUGAUUGAUUCGCAAGGAUGCCCUACCGAUACCAGAAUAUUUCCACAGUUCGAAUCUAUUUCUAGGGGUGCAUUGAUAGCCAAUUUUCCAGCGUUUAAAUUCCCAGAUUCUGAAUAUAUUCAAUUGGAAUGUGUAAUAACAGUAUGCUGGAGACAAUGUCCACCACAAUUAAACCCGGUGUGCUCCCAACCUUAUUCUUCCGUUAAAGGACCUUCAAAUGGUAAUAACAACUCGGCGUUCACUUUUAGAAAGGUGCCUGGCCAAGUUAGGGUUCUUUCGCCAGGAUUUGUCUUAGAUGAAAAUGGGAGGCAAAGGCGCAAAAUUCCUAACACGUCCUCGCCCAUCUUCAAAUCUCUCAAUAAAAAGCAGCUCAACGACAAUAAACCUUUUUCGCAACCUUUUUACAAAUAUGUUGGGAUCAGAGAUCCUAGCCACAAUUUUAAUGUGUUCGAUCACAAAGACAGUGAGAGCCUCUAUAGGUACAGUAAUGAGGAUCAAGCGGAUGACGGACUAUCGCCUGAGAAGAUUUUGCCUUUAACUUUAAAAUCCCCGUUAAAUUCUUCCACCAACUUAAUGCGAGUAGAAAGAUUGGGUUAA